AUGAAUAUUAUUAUAUUAAAUAUAAAUAAUAAUAUAUUUAAUAAUAUAAUAUUUAAAUAUAAAUAUACAUUUUUUAUAAAAUUAUAUUUAAAUAAUUAUAUUAAAACAUAUAAAAUAAUUAAUUAUAUUAUAAAAUAUUAUUAUAUUUAUAAUAAUUAUAUAUAUAAAUAUACAAAAAAUAGAAGUAUGAUAAAAUAUAGUAAUAGAAAAAUAAGAGUUCAAAAAGGAACAGGACAAGCUAGAUUAAAAAAUAAUACAUCCCCAGCAUGUAAGCAAGGUUCUUGUACGUUUGGUCCUUAUUAUAAUAAGAUUAAAAUAAAGUAUAAUAAAUUUAUAUAUAAAUUAAUUUUUAUUUAUUUAUUAUUAAAUAAACGUAGUAAUAUAAUAAUAAUAAAAUUAGAAAAUAUAUUUGAUAUUUAUUAUAUGAAUAAUUAUUCUAUUAAAUAUACUAUAGAUUAUUUUAUAAAUAAGAUUUUAUAUUUUAAUGGUAUAUUAAUUUCUGAUUAUAUUAAUAAUAAUAAAUGUAAAAUAUUAAAUUUUUAUAAUAUUAAUAAUAAGUAUAUUUUAUUUAAUUUAAUAUUAUAUAAUUAUAUUAUAUUUAUAGUUUAA